AGGAGGUUAUAGUGUGUGAGAGAGAGGUGUAACAUUGAUAAAUGUGAAAAAUACAAAAAUUAAAUUAAACACAAUUUUACAAUAAUCAGUAAAACUACAAAAGGAAAAUAUUAUUCUAUUUUCUUUUUUUAAAAAAAAGAAAGAAAAUCUGGAUUUGUUAUCCAGAUUUUUUGGGGAAAAUUAUAAAAAUAAAAAAAAAAUGAUGAACGGUACUUUUUCCCAGAGGUAAUUCCUCUAAUAAACAACAAAUACUCGUCAAAAUGAAUACCUCAGUGUCAACCGGUAAACAAACGUCAAAGAAUAAUUCAUCCGGUAAUUCGGAUAAUGAUUCUUCAACUCAAAAGAAGAAGGAAAAACGAAAUAUUCCAAAUUUCCUUCCAAUUUUAAGAAAAAGUAAUAAAACAGCUCAUACUUUUGGUCCUGCUUAUUAUCAUAGUGUAAGAGAAGCUGUAUUUGAAAUUCCAUACACUCCAUUUUUACCUCAAGUUACUCCAGAAUCAUUGAGAUUGUCCAAUAAUGAAUCGGAAACAUUUCAUGUUUGUCAACAAUGUAAAGAUAGUUUUCGUUUCGCGAGUACUUUAGAAGAACAUACAGCCCGUCGUAGUUGGAUAUUAGGCUAUUGGUGUCAGUCAUGUUUUAACGAAAAAUGCGAACACGUACAACUCAAUCAGCCAUCAUGUAGUAAUUGCGUAUCAUUGCAAUUUAAUCGUCGUGCUUAUUUACGUUCAAAGGGCAUGAAAAAGGGACAAAAAGCCGCAGUAAUUAAAUUAUUUUACAAUCAAUGCACUUUUUUUCAACAUCUCUGUCAACAUAAUAUUAUGUCAGUGGAAAUUGGUGAAGUAAUGCUAAUGCCAUUACCAUGGGAUAUUCAAAAAGAAGAUUAUCCAAAAUUAGAAAAAGCCUGUAAAGCCACAAUGGAAUAUGGUUUUCUUAAUCGUAUUCAUAUUAUGGAAUUUUUACGUGAACAAAAAGCCGAAAAUAAAUGGUGGGAUCCACCAUUAAUUGUUGUUGAAAAUAAAAAUAAUUAUCAUACCGAAACAAAUCUCACUGGAAUAAUUCAAACAUUUCGUGAAAAUAAUUUUAUUGAUAUUCCGGGUAAAAAAAAUUCAUCAAGCCCCAAUAAAAUUCCUCAACCGUCUAAUAAAAAUAUUCCACCAACUAAUCUCACAAUUUCAACAAUUGGCAAUUUAAAUAAUAAUAAUAAUAAUAAUAACGAUAAUAAUAAUAGCAGUCAAAGUGUUACGGUACCAAUAACAAAUAAUCUUUCCGUCAAGUAUUUUCAUACACCAUAUCGACCUCCUGCUGAUAUUGCAUUUGUCGAUUGUGGUCCAAGUCAUUCCGUUUAUAAAUCUCUUCAAUUGUCCUCAUCGUCAUCAAUUCAACCGUCAAAUUGUCAAAUUACACUGUCACCGAAUACAAGUCUUCAACUAUUAUCACCGACGACGACGACGACGACGACAAAUUCCCCCAUAGAAUCAUCAAAAGAUGGAUUGGAUUCUUUAGGAAGAAGACGAAAUGCUUUUGGACAAUUUAUCAAACAAUCAUCUCAAUCAUCAUCAUCACCACCACAACCGCCAAUGACUUCGAUUUUAACUUCAACCUCGACUUCGAAUAAUGUCUACACUGUGAGCACUUGCAAUACAAACAACAAUAGUGGACCAAAGAUAUCGGUGAAAAAAUUUGCCAGCGAACCUGUGUCAAAUUGGGCUCAAUGUCCAAUCAAUAAUAUCGAAAAACCACAACAAUCAACAAAUGUAAAUGCAAAAAUUCUCACAGUUCACAGUGAAAAAUGUCUUGAUAUCUCAUCAAUUAUCAGUCAAUUACCACCUGAUGUUAUAAAUAGUAAAAAAAUUGUUUUCAUCGAACAAAAUUCCAAUCAAAUAAAUCAAUAUCAAACAAAUUCCCCUCAAAUUACAGCGGGACCAACAUUGAGUGCAAAUUGUGUAAAAGUCAAUGUUCCCCAACGAAAUAAUAAAACAUCAACUGUAAUUUCAAAGCCAAUUGUAAAAAAUACAACAAAACCAAUAAAACCAGCAUUAUUAUCACUCGAUUCAAAAAUUUUACCACGAACAAAUAUUGUUCCCCUUGGGAAAAAACAUCAAGGCAUGAAAUUACAGCAAAUAAAUUCCUACGAUGGUAAAAUUUUCUAUCAAUCGGGUAAGAAAUUUGUCAUUAAACAAACAAAUAAAAUAAAAUCAACAUCAAUACCCGCUAGUAGUGUAUUAAAACCAAAUUCAAGACAAAUUUCUAAUAAUCUAUUUGAAAUUCCAAAUAAUAAAAAAUCAAAACCAAGAAUUCUUUCUCGACAAAUUGGAAAUUUAAAUUCACCUCUAACACCAUCGACAUCACCAUCUGAAUCCUCCUCCUCAUCAUCAUCAUCAUCAUCAUCAUGUGAUUUACAAUCAAAAUUAUCCAUCGACGAUGAUAUAACAACACUAAAACCCUAUGAAAAAGUCAAAUCACGAACUGAUUUUAAUUUAAAAAAUUUAUCCGAAUCUGAUGAAUCAUUAUUGUCAAUACGUGUUAUUGCCUCACGAUUAUAUCUUCAUUUAAUGGAAGCAUUACCAAGUAUUACAAAAAAAAAUAAUAUAACAAAAUAUAAACAAAAUUUAUUAGACACAUUACCCUAUCUUAAAACAAAUGACAUACAAAAACGUAUUGAUCAUAUUAAUAAUAUAAGUCAGGAAUUUUUAACUGCAAUGAAAAUUAGUGAUGAUCAAAUAAUUGACGAACAUGAACAUUUAAUUGGACAAUUAACCGAUUCUGUGGAACAGGCAAAAAUUUUAAAUAUUCCACAAAAUAUGGAAAAUUCUAAAACACCAUCAUCAGGAACAAUGUCAUUUUUACAAAUAUCACAAGCAUUUGAAAUACAACACGAUAAUGAUAAUAAAAUUCAUGAUAAUUGGGAAAAUGAAUUAAUGGAAAAAUGUGAUAAUUGUGAAAAAAUGAAAAAAUCCAAAAAUUAUUUAAUUGGUUUUUCCAAAUUAUCAAUUAAUGAAUCAAAUUAUUGUCAAUGUUAUAUUUAUUUUUGUCACAAAUGUAAUAUUUAUUUAGGUACGCAAUCACGUUUUAUUGCACAUCAAAAUUAUCAUAAAAAAAUUGCACCAUUUGAAUGUACCGAUUGUUUUCUUAAAUUCACCACAUUUAAUGCACUUGAAAAACAUAUUUGGUUCAAUUGUUUUCAUCCAUUGAUGAAAAAUUGGUUUUUUGGUUGUAAAAUUUGUGGUAUUGAUGGUCUAACAUCAUUGGAAUCGUUAACAAAACAUUUUUUAAUAAUGCACAGUAAACGAGGCUAUGUUUGUUCAAAAUGUAAAGAAAUUUUCUUUCUUGAAAAUGAAUGUCAAAAUCAUUUUACAAAUGAGCAUAAAGAAGAAAUUGAAAAAGAACCUGUAAAAUUUGAAAUUAUCGAAAUAAUUAUGUGUAAAAUAGGUAAUUGUGUUGUAUUAAAGGAGAAUUAUACAAAACAUUUAAUUGAACAUGUUGGCGUUCAACAUCAAAUAUUUCAUAAAUGUCCAUUUUGUUCAUAUACAAAACGACAUGCACCACGUUUUAUUAUGGAACAAUUUCGUGAACAUAUUUUUACAAAUCAUUUAAAUCUUUUAACAAAAUAUACAAAUAUUGAAUUAAUUAAUGAAAUACAAGGUGAAAUAAUAAAAAUGAAAUUAAAUCAAGAAUGUUUGCCAAUGAUUGUUAGUACAUGUACAAUUGGACGUGAAGCUUUUGAAAAAGGUACAACAACACAAGACGAGGAUACAUCAUCAAUGCCAAUGAUUGUUGAUGUUCGUACCGAAGCUGUGAAUUUAAAUUCCAAUGAUGAUUCAAUGCCAAAAAUUCUUCAAGUCAAAUCAAUUGCCAAUGAUUCUUUAUUAAAAAAAUCACAAGAAUCAAGAAAAAGAAAAGCAAAUACUGUCAUUGAAAUAACAUUGUCGCCGAAAAAAAUAUCAAGUGUUGAAAUUAAAAAUGAUGAGAAAAAAGAGUUGAAAAAUUUGGAGAAAACAACGACAAUUCGGGGAAUUUCGCAAUUGAAGGAAAUUUUAUUGGAAAAACGCUCAUUGACAAUAAGUGAUUCUGUUGAUAUUGAAAUUAUUGAACUUGAAAAAUCUGAAGACAAUAGGAAUGAAAAUAUCAAUAAUGAUAACAAUGCAGAUGGUACUAAUAAAGUUAAAGAGAAUAUCAGUGUAGAUAAUGAAAAUAUUAAUAAUGAUCCAGAAGACAAGAGGAGAUGUGAAAAUAAUGAAGAAAAUGAAAAAAAUAAAACAACUAAUGAAGAUGCAGAUGUAAAUAAGAAUGAAAAUGUAAAUAAAAAUAAAGAAAACAAUAACGGAGAUAUGGAUAAAAUUAUCAUAAAUACAGAAAAUACCAAUAGGAAUGAAGAUAAAAUUAUCGCAAAUAAAAAAUCAAACGAGGAUAAAGACAUCAAUAAAGAUAAAGAAGAUUUUAAAGAAGCCAAAGAAGACACUAAUAAAAUUAUCGAUUUAAUUGCAAAUAAUGAAGAAUUCGGGAAAAAUAACCAAAAUUUGAAUCAAGAGCAAAAAGAUGUCAACCAAAGAAAAGAAGAUGACAAUCGACAAGAAGAAAAUGUAAAUAUUUCCAUAAAUAACGAGAAUGAUAUUAUUGUAAACAAAGAAGAUAAUAUUGACAUCAAUGAAGAAAAAGAAGCUGAUAAUAAAAAUAAUACAAGUAAUAUUGCAAAAAAAAACAAAAAUAUCGAUAAAAAUGAAACAAAAAAUAAAGAUAAUUUCGAAAUCGACAUACAAAAAAGUAAUGAUGAUGAUAAUGUUUUCAAAAAUAAUGAAAAUAUCAAUAAAAAUAGUGAAAUCAAUAAAAUUGUCACUACAGAUAAAGAAGAUAUAAAUAAAAAAAAUGAAAAUUUAAAAAAUGAUAAUAAAAUUAUCGACAAAGAAGACGAGGAUUUAAACGAAGAAAAUGUUAUCAAUGAAAAUGUAAAUAAUGAUAAUGAAAAACUAACUAAAAGUAAUGAAGAUUUAAAUAAUGAUAAUAAAGAAAUUGAUAAAGAUAAUGAAAAUUUUGCAAAUAAAGACGGAGAAAUUGAACAACAAUCAUCUUUUGAAAAUAACGAAGAUACUAAUAGAAAUAAAAAAUUUAUUGACACCAAUAAUGAGUCUUUAAUUCACAGCAAUGAAUUUUUAAUUGAUAAUAAUAAAUCUUUGACUAAAAAUAAUGAAACUACGACGAAUGAUAAUCAAACUUUGAAUAUUGAUUCUAAAUUUUUUACCAAAGAUAAUCAAUUUUCAAAUAUGGAUUUUGAACAUUUUGCUAAAGAUAAUCAAAUUUCAAACAAAAAUAUUCAAUGUUCCACUGAGAAUAAUGAAUCAACGAAAGAUGAUCAAUAUUCGUGUAAAAAUGAUCAAUCUUCAAAAAAAAAUGAUCAAUCCUCAAGCAAAAAUGAUAAAUUUUUGAAUAAAAAUAAUCAAUCAUCAUACGAAGAUCAUCAUUUUCUGCAUAUAUAUUGUCAAUCUUCAAACGAUGACAGUCAAUUUUCGCAAGAAGAUGAUAAAUCUCAAAAUAAUGAUUAUCAAUCGACAAAUAAAGAUAAUCAAUCAAAUAAUACUCAAUCAUUGAUUAAUGAUCAAUUUUCAUCACAAGAAAACGCUGAAAAUUUAGAAAAAAGUGAAUUUCCCAAUGAAAAUAUUCAAUGUUUAAAUGAGAAAAUAUUUUCAUCUAAAAAUAAUGAAUCAACAAAUGAAAAUGAUAAAAUAAUUUCAAUCAAUAGUGAACAAAUUAUCGAUAAUACAAAAAAUUCAAUUGAUAUUGAACAAAAAUAUCGUGAAAUUGAUGAUAAUUUUGAAAUAAAAGAAAAAAAUCUCACUGAAUGCGAAGAAAAUUUAAAACACAAAGAAGAAGAAGAAGAAGAAAAAGAAUCAGGAAACAAUUUGAAUGCAUUAGAAAAUUUAAAAGCAAAAAUGAGUCGUACUUUUAAAACAUUGGCAAAAAGAAUGGAAUCAACGACAACAACAUUACAAAAUGAAUAUACAAAAUCAUUACCAAUGUUAAAAGAUAUUUCAAAAAUUAAUGAAAAUGGAACAAAAUUAAAUGAAAUUCGAACACGUACAAGACAAAAACGACAACGAAGAAAAAAUAAUGAUAAUAAUUGGCAUAUUAUUACAAAAUCAAGUGAAAAUAUGAAUUUCACUGGAAAUAUAAAUUUUCAAAAACGUACACUUAGAGAAAGAAUUACAUUUGACGAUGAAAGUAGUAAUUCAAGUGAAAUAAAUUAUCGGCAAAAUAAUCGUGAAAUUAAAUUUAAAGAGAAUUUAAAUUUAAAUGAAAAAAUUCCACCACCACCAUUGGCAAGAAUUCCACAGCAUAUUUUAAAAAAUCAUUCAUUAGAUGAACAAACAAAUAAUAAUCAAACUAAAAGACGUGCAAAAAAACGUAAACAAUGUCGAAUUGCAUUUAAUGGACCAUUAAAUUAUCAAGAGACUAUUUUAGAUUUUAAAUGUCAUUUAUGCGGUAAAUUAAUUGAUUCAUCGUGGUCUGUUUUAAAAACACAUUUUGAUAUUUGGCAUCCCGAUGAAUAUAUUGUUGCUGAACUUAAUCCAAAAUUAUUAAAAAUAUCCUCCGAUUAUAUUGAUGGUGGUUAUAAAGAAGUUUUAACAAAAAAAAUUAAAUGUGAAACAUCAUCAUCAUCAUCAACAUCAAGUCCAAAAAAACGUAAACGACGUAAUCGAUUUACACCAAAAUCACCAGAGAAAAUUGAUAAAUCAGCAGGGAUUUGUAUUAAAGCUGAAUCUGUUUUAGAAGACGAUGGUAUGUUUAAAUGUAAAAAAUGUGAAAUGAAAUUUAUCGAUAUGGAUUAUUUGCGACAACAUAUUUCGAAAAGUCAUCGAAUAAAAGGACGAUAUUUAGUAUGUCUUGAGUGUGGUGAAAAUUUUGUUGUUGCACCAAGUCUUCAAAUGCAUUUAAAGGCAUUUCAUGCUAUUGACGAUCCAUUAACAUAUUUAUUGCAAAAUACUUCGUUUGCACCGGAAAAUUUAGAGGAUACAGAAGAAGAAGAAGAGGAAGUGACAACUGAUGAGAAUCAAUGUUACGUUUGUAUGGCUGUUUUUGAGGAUAAAGCUGCUGUUGAUAAACAUUUAAGGGUACAUGGUAUGGCUUUUUUAAAUCGAAAAAGAAUGGAGGCAAAGAAAAAUUUAAAUAGUCCGGAGAAAAAAUUUGAAAUUACUUCACAGACUGAUGAUGCUCGUUAUGGAAACACGAAUAUUUCGUUGAAUACGACAAAAAUUCAGGACGAUAAGCAGAUUAAAGUUAAUCAAAUUCUUGCGACUAAUUCAUUAGAGACUGAGGUGUCGGUUCAUUAAAGCGACAGCAAAAAAAAAAAAAAAAAAUUGUUAUCGUCCAAAUUGGGAUUGAAAAAGAAAAGCAGGAAUUACAGAACAUUAUAAGACUAUUAUUAAAAUUUCGAACACAUUUUUAGAAUGUUAUAAUUUUUUAAUUUUUUCUCUCUUUAUUGACGAUUUACAAAGAAAAAAAAAUUUUCUUCUUUAAGAAAAGUGUAUGAAAAACAUUGCGCAUAAAUGUUAUAAAUAGAUAUUAUAGAAUAUUGCUUUAAAAAAAAUUAAGUUAAAUUUUUGUUUGUAUUUUUUGCACAAUACAAUUUGUUUUAUAAAUUAAAAAAAAAAUUGUUGCGGGUAUUAUUCAAAUUUUUUUUUUUUUAAAUUAAAUAUAUAUUUAAUAUUUUGUUAAGUUACGUGCAGAAUUUAAAGAAAUUUUUUGUUUCUUUUUGUUUUAUUUUAUUUCAGAGAAAUUGAAUAAUUUCAUUCUUUGUACGAUAUUACGUAUUUUUUUUUUUUUUUUGUUACGUCAAUAAAAUAUGACAAACUUAAUUUUUUUUCUUGUGUGAAUGUUUAAUUUUAGCUGCAUAUUAUUUAACAAUGUUUUUUUUUUAAAUUUACGUUAAAUGACUGUAAAAGGAGUUAUUAUAAUUAUUUUCGACAAAUACGUUUAGUUUAUGAAAACAUCUGUAAUUUGUAAAAAAAAAAAAAAAAAAAUAAUAAUAAUAAUAAUAAUUACGGAACAGAAAAAUCGUGAAUAGUUCACGUUGAUCUAUUUUUCGCGAUUUUAAUUUCAAAAAAAUCAUUGUACAUAUUUUAUAUUUGCUAGUAAAUGUUUUUAUUUCACAAUAUUAGAUAUAUCCGAUUUUAUACACCACUUCGCACUGUGUAUAUAUGCAAAUCAUCAUUAUUGUAUUUAGUUAGGUAUUUGUUGGAAAUUUUAAGAAAUAUAGAGUAAGAAGCUAAUAAAAAAAGAAACGAAUGCAGUAAAUAAAAAGUUUUAAAUUAAACAAAAAAUUGUCUUUUUUUAUUGAUUUAAUUGAAUGAUUUUUUUUUUGCAAAUAAAAAGGACAUUUUUUUUUUUGGAAAAAGUUCAAUUUUUUUUAUUAAACACACUUCGAGCAAGAAGAUGAGAAUUUUAAAAAUUAACAAUAAAAUGAAUAUUACAUUGAUUUUCUGAUACAGUUAGUGUUGAUGAUUUGAGAAAUGAAAGGAGAAUUUUAGUUUGUGCGACUAAUAGAAAAUGAUUACAUUAUUUUCUAACUACUAUCAAUAAUUGAAAUUGUUAAAUCGUUCAUUUUUUUAUGAUUUUUGUAAAAGAAAUACAUUUUUGUUGUUGUGGGGUCAUAUAUAAUAAUUCUUUUUUUUUUUUUUUUUGAUUAUAUAAAUAUUACAAUGAUCGAUUAACGAAUUACAUUUUUUUUUUCUUAUUAUUUCUCUAUUCAUCUAAUUUUUAUAUCUUCGAAAUAUUUCUUCUUACUUUAUUAUCGUUACUUCUAAUUUUUUUUUUUUUUUUUUGCUGCGAUUCAUAAUUGAUACAAUUUUUUUUUUACAAUUUAUGAUAAUUAAUAAAAUUAUGACAUCACUCGUUAAUAUAAAAAUUAGGUAAAUAGAAAGUUUAAAAUAAAAUUAGUUUAAAUUUUUUUGUCUAAACAAAAAUUGUCAUUCUCACUGACUGUUGGAAAAGUGUGAAAAUUUCACAUAUAAAAAAUUCUGAAAUAAUAAAUAAUAAUAAUAAUUUCACAUUUUUUUGAUUGUAAGUUUUUUUGUAAAUAUUUUUCUUGAAUCUUUCGGUGUAAAAUUUAAAGUCUUAGAAUUUUUCCAAACAAUAAUAUUUAUAAUUAGAUAAUAUUAUAUAAAUUACCUACAUUAUCUUAUUGGAUAAUCGAGAUAAUUUUAUAUCUGAUAAUUUAAAUUAUUUUAUAUCUAAUAUAUAAUAAUUAAAAUUUUUUAUUAAUGCAGAACAUUUUUCCAAUCAUUGUAAAACAUUUACUAUUUGUUUAUAAAUAUUUAUUUUUAACACAUAUUAUUUUUAUAAUUAUUAUAUAUUAAAUCGAUAAAAAGUUAAAUAAAUUUUCAAAAUUUACAUCGCAAGUUUUAGGAAAAAAUUUCCAAUUUUCUAUGUUAUGUUUUAUUAUAUAUAUAUAUAUAUAUAUAUAUGUAUAGUCUUUUUAAUGAAAUUAUAUAUAUGUAUUUUUAUUCUUUGAGGAGCAUGAAAAUAUUGAAUAUUUUACUCAUCUGUGUGUACCACGCGGAGCAAACAUUCUUUUUCACAGAUUUUUACAUUUUAUAAUACUUUAUAGGUAUUUGUACACACGAAUUGAAAAAUUUCAAUAUAUCCAUAUGGAUUAAUAACAAUGUUCGCUUCACUUUGAAUAUAAAAAAAUUUCUGUAAAAAUUCCAGUACCUACAUAGCUAUUAAACCGGCAUUAUUUGAAAAUUUUUUAAAUCAUCAGCAUUUAUUUUAAGAAUAUAAAUAUAUACAAUUAUAGUUCUUUAAAUACUAUUUUUUUAAUUUUUGGAAAUUACGGUUCUAAAAUUUCGAGUUCAGAUUAUUAACGUGAGUUAGAAGAAAAAAAUUCCUUUUUUUUUAAAUUUAAUUACAUCAAAGAAAUAUUUAUAUUUGAAAUAAUGAAGCGAAUAUUUUCAAGCAAUCCAUCCAAAAAUGUAUUGAAAUUUUUUAACUCAAUAAUUGUACGUGAAUGUAUAGUAGCGCAGGUACUAAAAACAGGGAAUUUGGGACUAUUGAACACUUCAUUUUUUGGCCCACAGAAGUACUUCAAGGAUAAUAAAGUCUUGAAAAUUUUCUAUAUAUUUCUUUAAGGUUAUAUGUGAUUGUUGUGAUUUCACAUAUGUAAAAAAUAUUUUUCGCAGAUUUUCUCGCAAAAUAUUUAAAUAGAUUGAGCUAAAAUUUUGUGAAGAGCUCAAAAAUAGUAUAAAAAUUCGUUGUCAUGUGCCAUAUAUUAUAUUAAAAUUUUAUUAAAAAAUUUAUUUUUAACAAAUUCCAUAUUUUGGAAAACGAUGAAAAAAUGUAUUGCCAAUAUAUAUUGAAUUUUCCUCAAAUAUGCAAUUUUUUAAAAAUAAUUUUUUUUGACAAAAUAUUAAUAAACUUUUGUAUAUAACAACGAAUCUUUAUAUACUAUUUUUGAAUUCUCUAUACAAUUUUAGCUCAAUCUAUCAAGUAUUUUUCGAGAAAACCUGCGAAGAAUAUUUACAUGUGAAAACACAACAAUCAUAUACAUAACCUUAAACGCGGGAAAGGGAAAAUUGAGAUUUAUAUGGCAUUUAAUACCAUUUUUACGAAUGCCCUUCGUUUCGAAUAUAUUUCUUGGCCCAAAAAAGAUUUUUAACUAAAUAAUUUUAAAUUUCAUAAAAAAAACACAUCGACAUAAUAUAAAAAAUAAAAUUAUAUGCGACGCAAUAUUUAAACUGGAUAUUUUUUUUAUAUGUUUAGUGUAGAACUUUCCUGAACAUUUAAAUGAAAUUUUCGCCUGAUUAUAAUAAUUAUUUAAUU